GAAUCUGCUGUCAAAUUCAGUCACUUCAUUUGAGUGCCGAUCACUCGCAGUGCCAGCUGUUCGGCUCUCUUCACUUGCCACUUCCCAGAUCCAGCUGCGGAUCCGGCCUUAGUUCCACGUGUCCACCUAUUUUACUAGGAAUUACGCUUUUCAGCUUUCUUACGUUACGCCUGCAAGGGGAAUUGCGCAGUCGUAGAUUUGGCAGGCGAGCAUGGAGGAGGACGAUCGGUCGAUCGCGGCGCCCGAGGGGAAGAACAAGGCGAUCGACUACGACAAGCUCGAGAGGGAUGUGGACCUCCAGCGGGAUGUCGCUCUCAAGGAGGGGAAGCUGACUGAAGCUCUCGAUGCGCUGCUAGGCUUGGAGAAACAGAUGCGACUGGCGGCGGAUGUGGUCGGCACGCGCACUGUGGCGGUGGCGAUUCUGAAGGUGUGCCACGAGGCUGCUGCGUGGAAGCUUCUCAACGAGCAGAUCGUGGCACUGUCCAAGCGCCGAGCGCAGCUGAAGCAGGUGGUGGCAGCGAUGGUGCAGGAGGCCAUGAAGUACGUGGAUGACGCACCUGAUGACGUCAUCAGGGAGGAGCUCAUCAAGACGCUCAGUGGGGUCACGGCAGGCAAGAUCUACGUGGAGAUUGAGAGGGCGCGCCUGGUGGAAGCGGCUGGCGAGGAUGAAAGAGGCGGAGGGGAAGGUGAAGGAGGCGGCGGAGGCCAUGCAGGAGGUGGCGGUGGAGACGUUUGGAGCCAUGGCCAAGACAGAGAAGAUUGACUUUAUCCUGGAGCAG